GGUAGAAACGGCGUCGUUGUCUUGUCGAUCUGUCUAGAAUAAUAUCAAAAUUGCAUCUAACUCCUUUCCCCUUUCUCCCCCAAUUGACAUCUUUCUAGGGUUUCGUAUUUCGCUGCUCCUCGAGGAAUCGAUCUUUGUGCAAUAACAGGUGGUUAAGCAAUGGGGAAGAGGAAGUCAAGGGCAAAGCCUGCUACAACGAAGCGAAUGGACAAGCUUGACACUGUCUUUAGCUGUCCCUUUUGCAAUCACGGCUCUAGUGUCGAAUGCCAAAUUAAUAUGAAGGAGAUGAUUGGUAUUGCCACUUGUAGGAUCUGUGAAGAAAGCUUUAGCACUACUAUCACAGCUUUGAGUGAAGCUAUAGACAUCUAUAGCGAGUGGAUUGAUGAGUGCGAGAGGGUCAAUACUGUGGAGGACGAUGUUGAGCAAGAAGAGGGAGUGGAGGAAGAAGAGGUAUAUGAAGAAGAAGAAGAGGAAGAGGAAGAUGAUGUUGAAGAUGAACGUGUGUCUACUAAAAGGAAGUUUAAUUACCGAGACGAUUGAUCUGUAUCGAAAACCAUGCAAGUCCUCUUUAGACAUUGCCCGUAUGUUGUAAUAUCUACUGAUACUCGUUGCUAUCUAUCACCUUCGUUUUUCCUUUUGUUUUCCAUUUGCUGAAACAGUAAUCUCAGAUCAAGAAGAUAGAUGAGGUUAGUCAA